ACAUAUGACAAAUAUUUGCCCAGUUAACUUUUCCCCUUCUAGUUGUUAACAUCCAAACACAAAUUUCUUCGCGUUAUUAAUACUCGUUAUUAAUACGUUAUUAACAGCCGAGUUCAUCCAAAAAAUAAGCAGUAUCAAAUGAAGCCCUUCAGUGAAUUCGGUGUAAUGAGUCUCCUCGGACUUUGUAAUUUGAUACUUGGACCCAUAAUUAUUUCUGGGGGAAUCGUUUCCGACGUUGCAAAUUACAAAGCUCAGAGAAACGCCAACAACAAAAGUAUUGAGCUAGCACUGGAAUAUGUUCCGCUUUUUUGCGCCUAUCUUUGCAUGAUAAUCUGCUCCUUUUGUUCGGGAUUAUGUGCAAUUAUGGCAUCCGCUGUGGUCGACUGCAAAUGGGUGAUCAGAUUGGCAAAGGUGGCGAAUUUCUUCUCCAAACUUUUAUACUGGCAAAUUCUGCUGUUCGUGCUGUACAACUGGGAUCCAAUGGAGUGGAGGAUCUGGGAGGGACUUCCGACGACGUGGGGGUCGAUUAAUUUGCCCACCCCGACAUGUCUUUAUUGUGUCCUGGGACAAUUAUAUUUUGUGAACCAGAGUACUAAAUUAAUUAGUGGGGUGCAAAAUUUGUUAAAAUGGGAGCAAGCUGGGAAGAAAACUGGUCGUAAAAGAAGGAGAGAAUGAUAUCAAAUGUAGGAUUGUAUUUAUCUAUUUGUGAGCGAGUAAGUAUUUCAGUUUACUCGAUACAUAAAUUUGCGUAUAAAAGUGAGACGCUUAUGGAUUGAAUUUUUAAAAUCUGAUUUGUGAUAUUAGUUUAAAGCUAAUUAAUUUCGGUACGGGUUUAUCCAAAAAAAAUGUGUAAUAAGGAAAUAUUUUAUAACGAUUAUUAACUAUUUAUGUUAUUUGCUGAUAAAUCAGCGUGAAAUAAAUGUCCUAUACAAGUAUACAACA